UUGAAAAUUGAGAGCAAUACUGUUAGACUUGAGAGUGAGGGUGUCCAUGAUAUUCUGUUGAAGACGAUCGGGAAUUGCGUGAAGAGAUAAGAAGACAAAGAGGAGACUCCAUUUCCCACUCUCUCUCUCUUCUUCUCCAUUUUGUGAAGGCCCUGUUUGGAGGACAUACCAGCAAUGGCUUCUUCAUCAUUCUCCACAGCUUCAACUGCACCUCACGCAUACUCCCAUUGCUAUUCCAUCUCCAGAUCCUUUGUUGGUGGCUUCAGUUCCAGGCCCUCCCACUCCAAACUAUUCUUCCUCAGAAAUACCUCCGCUUCUCGUUUUGCUACUAGGGCUUUCCCGGUAAGAAGCGUCUUUAGUGAACCGCACCGCAAAUUGAAGGACGAGGACCCCAUCACCCCUCACGGACCUUCAGGCACUCCAGUUUCUUUAACUGCAGAUGCUGCAUGCAUUGUUUCCAGUAUCAAAUACCAUGCAGAGUUUACGCCAUUGUUCUCUCCAGAGCAGUUUGAGCUCCCUAAGGCUUUCUUUGCAACUGCACAAAGUGUUCGCGAUGCACUCAUCAUAAACUGGAAUGCUACAUAUGAUUACCAUGAAAAGAUGAACGUAAAGCAGGCAUAUUAUUUGUCAAUGGAAUUUUUGCAGGGUAGGGCUUUGUUAAAUGCAAUUGGUAACUUGGAGCUCACUGGUGCUUAUGCAGAGGCUUUGCGUGAACUUGGAAAAGACCUAGAAAAUGUAGCUAGGCAGGAACCGGAUGCUGCACUUGGAAAUGGGGGUCUUGGGCGGCUUGCUUCCUGCUUUCUGGACUCCUUGGCAACAUUAAAUUACCCAGCAUGGGGUUAUGGACUCAGAUAUAAGUAUGGCUUAUUUAAACAGCAUAUUACAAAAGAUGGCCAAGAGGAAGUUGCUGAAGAUUGGCUUGAGAUGGGCAAUCCCUGGGAAAUUGUGAGAAAUGAUGUCUCAUAUCCUGUGAAAUUUUAUGGAAAGGUUAUUGAAGGAUCAGAUGGAAAAAGACACUGGAUUGGAGGAGAAGAUAUAAUUGCCAUUGCGUAUGAUGUCCCAAUACCAGGAUAUAAAACUAAAACGACAAUCAACCUUCGACUGUGGUCCACUAAAGUUCAAUCAGAUGAUUUUGAUUUAUAUGAUUUUAAUGCUGGAAAUCAUACCAAAGCAUGUGAAGCCCAAUUGAAUGCUGAAAAGAUUUGCUAUAUUCUCUAUCCUGGGGAUGAUUCAAUGGAGGGAAAGGUCCUUCGAUUGAAACAACAAUAUACCUUAUGCUCAGCUUCUCUCCAAGAUAUUAUUGCACGAUUUGAGAGGAGGUCCGGAGGAUAUGUCAAUUGGGAAGAAUUUCCUGAAAAAGUUGCAGUGCAAAUGAAUGAUACCCACCCAACUCUCUGCAUUCCAGAGCUGAUGCGAAUCUUGAUGGAUUUGAAGGGCAUGAGCUGGAAGGAAGCUUGGAAGAUUACUCAAAGAACGGUGGCAUACACAAACCAUACUGUUCUACCUGAAGCACUGGAGAAAUGGAGUCUAGAACUUAUGCAGAAACUGCUUCCUCGACAUGUUGAGAUUAUAGAAAUGAUUGAUGAGGAGCUGAUUAAUACCAUAAUUUCAGAGUAUGGUACAGCAGAUCCUGUUUUAUUGGAGAAAAAGCUGAAAGCAAUGAGAAUAUUAGAAAAUGUUGAUUUUCCAGCAUCUGUAAAGGAUUUACUUGUCCAGCCAGAAGAAAGUUCUGUUGUUGAACCUGGUGAAGAAAUUCAAAGUUUUGAUGAAGAAAUUAAACUUAUUGAUGAAGAAGAAGAACUUAUUGAUGAAGAAGAAGAACUUAUUGAACUUAUUGAUGAAGAAGAAGAAUUUAUUGAUGAAGAAGAAGAACCCACAGGAAAAAGCACUCAGAAGAGAAAGGUGUUGUCAGAACCGGUUCCAGAGCCACCCAAGAUGGUCCGCAUGGCUAACCUCUGUGUUGUUGGUGGCCAUGCAGUUAACGGGGUUGCUGAGAUUCAUAGUGAAAUAGUAAAAGAUGAAGUUUUUAAUGAAUUUUUUAAGUUGUGGCCUGAGAAAUUUCAAAAUAAGACCAAUGGUGUGACACCAAGAAGAUGGAUCCGUUUCUGCAAUCCAGAUUUAAGUGAGAUAAUAACCAAGUGGAUUCACACAGAAGAUUGGGUCUUGAACACUGAGAAACUGGCAGAAUUACGGAAGUUUGCAGAUGAUGAAGAACUUCAUGCUGAGUGGAGGGCAGCAAAAAGGAGCAACAAGAUGAAGGUCGUUUCCUUCCUCAAAGAAAAAACAGGAUAUUUGGUCAGCCCUGACGCAAUGUUUGAUGUCCAGGUGAAGCGUAUCCAUGAAUACAAGCGUCAACUGUUGAACAUCUUGGGAAUUGUUUAUCGCUAUAAAAAGAUGAAAGAAAUGACUGCAGCAGAGAGGAAAGCAAAGUUUGUUCCACGAGUUUGUAUAUUUGGAGGAAAAGCAUUUGCUACUUAUGUGCAAGCCAAGAGGAUUGUGAAAUUCAUCACGGAUGUUGGGACUACAGUAAAUCAUGAUUCAGAAAUAGGUGAUUUGCUGAAGGUUGUUUUUGUCCCUGAUUACAAUGUCAGUGUUGCUGAACUGCUUAUUCCUGCAAGUGAACUUUCACAGCAUAUCAGCACUGCUGGGAUGGAGGCCAGUGGAACCAGCAACAUGAAGUUUGCAAUGAAUGGCUGUAUCCUGAUUGGGACCUUGGAUGGGGCCAAUGUUGAAAUAAGGCAAGAGGUUGGAGAAGACAACUUUUUCCUCUUUGGGGCACGAGCUCAUGAGAUUGCAGGGCUUAGGAAAGAAAGAGCUGAGGGCAAGUUUGUGCCAGACCCACGCUUUGAAGAAGUCAAGGAAUUUGUCAGAAGUGGCAUUUUUGGGCCUUGCAACUAUGAUGAACUGAUGGGAUCCUUGGAAGGAAACAAAGGAUUUGGCCAAGCAGAUUAUUUCCUUGUGGGCAAGGACUUCCCCAGUUAUAUUGAAUGCCAAGAAAAGGUUGAUGAGGCAUACGGAGACCAAAAGAGAUGGACAAGAAUGUCAAUCUUAAAUGCAGCUGGCUCCUACAAGUUCAGCAGUGAUAGAACAAUUCACGAGUAUGCAAAAGACAUAUGGAACAUAGAACCUGUUGAAUUACCAUAGGAAGGCCAUCUAAACCCGGCAGCAGAGAGUAGGCCUCCCACAUAGUUGCAGCUGAGAUGAAGGCAGCCUUUCAGUGACAUCUGUACAACUAAACUUUCUGUUUCUGUUCUAUGUAAAAGAAUACUGCUGAGGAAUAAAGUGCAGCACAGAAAGUACUCUUAUUAUGUAAUAAAAAGUUGGUUGUUUGGUUAAA